AAGUGGCGACUGCCUCGGUGGUCCAGUUCUUUUCUUUUUUUUUCUCUUCUUUUUUAGCUUUGUAGAACUCCGCAGCGCGCACAUUUUUUCCUGCUUGGAGCCCCUCCCCCCACGAUGUGUAAGCUUUUGGCCCUUCUGUUUAUGGACUCUUCGGGAACACCUGGGUUCCCUGGGCUUACACGCAGGGCGUUCAUCUCCUGGGCUCCCUUUACAGUUUCUCCCUUUGCACCUGAGAGAGUCUUUGGAAUGUAAAGCGCCUUUGAAAUGCCCUGUAAAGUUGUGGAAUUAGGAGGACACUUGAAUUCGGUGAUCAGAAAUGGAGAGAAAAGUAAGCAGAAUCUAUCUUGCUUCUGAACCUGAUAUAAUUCAUUUUCUCCAAGUUGCUUGGGAAGAAACACUAGGAUCUGGUUUUGUUAUUACACUUACUGAUGGGCAGGCAGCAUGGACUGGGACAGUUUGUGAAUCAGAGAUUUCCCAAGAAGCUGAUGACAUGGCGAUGGAAAAAGAGAAGUAUGUUGAUGAACUGAGAAAAGCACUGGUGUCAGGAGCAGGACCAACUGACACAUACAAGUUUAAUUUUUCGAAAGAGUCUUGUCAUUUCUCCUUUGAGAAAAACUUGAGAGAUGUUUCAUUCAGACUUGGUUCCUUCAACCUAGAGAAAGUUGCAAACCCAGCUGAGGUCAUUAGAGAACUUAUUUGUCAUUGCCUGGACACCAUUGCAGAAAACCAAGCCAAAAAUGAGCACCUGCAGAAAGAAAAUGAAAGGCUUCUGAGAGACUGGAAUGAUGUCCAAGGACGAUUUGAAAAAUAUGUGAGUGCUAAGGACGCUUUGGAGACUGAUCUUUAUAAACGGUUCAUUCUAGUGCUGAAUGAGAAGAAAGCAAAGAUCAGAAGCUUACAUAAAUUGUUAAAUGAAGUUCAAGAACUGGAAAAGAACAUCGAACAUAAAAGGGAAACUCCAACAUGUUCUGAAAUGACUACUGACAGAGAUGCAAUCUAUGAUGAAAGUACUGAUGAGGAAAGUGAAAUCCCACCUAAUCCCUCUGUGUUAAGUCCAGCUACUGUAAGAAGAGAUGAUUCCAUUAUUUCAAGUCCUGAUGUCACUGAUAUUGCACCAACUAGAAAGAGGAGGCAGCGGAUGCAAAAAAAUCUUGGGACGGAGCCUAAAAUGGCUUCUCAGGAGCAUCGGCUUCAAGAAAAAGAAAAGGAAAAGCUUGAUCCUCCACUACCUGAGAUGCUGAAAAAGGAUCACAGCCCAGCUGAAAACAUGUCUUUAGAAACUCUAAGAAACAGUAGUCCAGGAGACCUCUUUGAUGAGAUUUAAUUGUCUCAAAAAGUACUUUGAUGUUCACAAGACUGUGUUUUCUAUUCAUUUCCUUAAACGGCAAAAGAAAAAUUUCAACUCAGCAGCAGCUCUGAGUGUGCUUACAAUGUAAUUACAUACACACUGAGCUGAAACCAUUAUGCAAAAUGGAUUACACAUGUAUAUGAAGAUAUGAUUUGAUGACAGUAGUGCAUUAUUCUAAACUAUUCAUUCAGCAUGCCUAUAAUUAGAUAAAAUCUCAGACCUUUUUGUUGCAAAGGUCACAUUUACCUUAUUCAGUUCACACAUAUUAUAUGUAGUAGCUAUCUAUUCUGUCUCAGAAGAUUUUGAAAAUAGGACAAAGAAAAUGUCUACAAAUUCUUUUUUGAAUAGUCAUAUUCUGAACACUGAUGUUUGAACAUUUUAAUUUGUGGAAUGAUGUGUAAAAUCUAUUUUUAGUUUGUACACAAACAACCUGAAAAUCUGAUGAUAAAACUUUUGAUUGAAGAUUUUAUGUUCUUAAUAAAAUAUGUUAUUUAGUUUAAGUUUUUCCUGCAAUAUAGUAAC